AUGGUAGAUGAAUUUUGUGAAGAGUUCCCACACAACUUUAUACCAACUCCCGGCUAUUGGAUUGAAUGUUCGAGACAAAAAAUCACCACUGAUACCAUUUGGGAUGAAAGCGAAAGUGAUCACGAUAAUGAAAUUCAAGAAGGCAAUGAAGAAACUACUGAUGGUACUGACCAGGAAAAUGGACAUCAUGAAAUGCGAAGAAGAGACAGAAGCUGUGAUGAUUUAUACGAAGACGACGAAGACGAUGACAAUUCAUUACCGCGAAAGAAAACGACGAUUGAAGAACAGUGGGAAAAGAAUCAGGGCUUUGAGCUUACCAGCGUGGAACAGGAAACUUACGAACGAUAUUUCUAUGGUACUGAACAUUGGAACUAUUUCACUAACGAUGAGGAUUUGGGGCCCGUUAUAUUGUCCAUUAAACAGGAAACUCUGAACAAUCGGGACCAAUUUAGGAUAUUGGUUCGAGCAAUCAGCUACACAGUCCACGGUCUGAUACCGGCAAGUUGUGUGUUCGCUGACCGAUAUAAUCGAGAAGAAGUGGUUAGAUCCUUGGGGAAAGAAGUAAACAUCAAUCCACCAUUAAUAUUAGGCCAACUGCCCGAUACUCCUGAGGAAUUGCUGAAACUGGAUCAGGUUUUCAUAAAAUCCGAACUUAAAGUUGGCGUGAUUUACGUGAAAGAAGGCCAAUACACUGAAGAAGAGAUUCUUGACAAUAAUGACAAUUCGAUGCUUUUUGAAGAAUUUUUGCAAAUAUUAGGGGAAAAGGUUAGAUUACGUGGCUUCGAUAGAUAUAAAGGUGGUUUGGAUACUGUUCAUGAUCUAACAGGUUUGUACUCAAUUUAUACAAACUGGAGAAACAUUGAAAUAAUGUUCCAUGUGAGUACACUGUUGCCAUAUGAGAGACACGAUCCUCAAAAAUUGCAAAGAAAAAGGCAUAUUGGAAACGAUAUUGUUUGUGUGGUGUUUUUGGAAGCUGAUAAUACUUCAUUUUCACCUGCCUGUAUAAAAAGCCACUUUCUACACACUUUUAUAUUAGUUCGUACAUCUCCCCGAAUCAAACGCAAACCCACUCGUUAUGAAGUGUCAGUAGUAACCAGAGAUGAAGUUGGGGCUUACAAGCCUUACUUAUGGGAACAGAGUCUUUUUGAUAAAGGCCCUAUGUUCAGAGAAUGGAUCUUAACCAAAAUUGUCAAUGGAGAAAGAGCCAGCUACUCUGCGCCGAAAUUUGCCAGGAUGCAAGAACGUACCAGAUCUCAAAUGCUAGAAGAUAUUGUUGCUAAUUUACAAAAUCACGCCGAAACUGGACAAAUACCCAAACCUUAUAGAAGAGGCAAGAGCUCCUGGAGACCUAUCGGUCAUAUGAGACCUUCGUCACCACUAUUGGACAGUGUAAGAGACCAGUUUGAGGAUUAUGAUCAAAUUGCUAAGGAUUUCACUAAGUUUUUCCUCAAUACAGAAGACAAUUCCGCAGCAAAUGCCCUAUUGUUCGAUGUUACAUUUAUGGUUGGCCAGAGUAAACAAAAAGUCAAGCUAGUUGGAGUAAGAGCUAUCCUUGGUGUAAGGAGUAGAGUGUUCCAAGAGAUGUUGUACGGAAUACAAACUGGUUUUGGUUCACCUCAAGUCCCAGUGGCGGAACUCCUAUCUCGCCCGGUACCAACUCUUCUCAGUCCUCAACAAACCAGACCAAAGUCAAGCAACUUUCUCCAAGUGCCGGACAUCGAAAGUCCAAGACCCAAGAGUGUGCCCAGCUCUCCAAUGGUUAAAAGAGCGUUCACAAGAUUGGGUACGAUCACUGCUGGCUGGGGACGUUCGAUACGAAAGCAUAAUGCUCAACAGUUGUCGGCCGAUGAUAAAAAGAAAUGGGCGAGUAGUCAGGAUUGCUCCAAUAAAGAAGGUAAAGACAAGGAGGGUAGAGAAAAAUGCCCCUCUCAGCUACCAGUGCCAAGACUAAGCGUUUGCGCGGACGCUCAGAAAGUAGACAGGGCAAAGCUUGCGCAGACUGAAUUUUCUAUUAUUGAAUUUGACUCUGAUACAUUUAGGAUAUUAUUAGAUUAUCUACACACAGGAUCGUGUCCUCUAACAUGCUCGACAAUACCAGGUUUAAUAUGCGCAGCAGAACAUUACGACUUACCAGAUCUUUUGCAGGCCUGUUUCCAUCACGCCAAGCAAUUCUUACGUAUCGAAGUGGUAUGUUGUAUGUUAUGUUCUCUGGAAAACUAUUAUUGGCGAUACACGUCAGCCUCAGAAUUGGUCAACAUGAUUUUGGCUUUUGUUGAAACCAGAGCUUACGCUUUAUUUCAAUCAGCUGAAUUUUUAAAUUUGAGCGAAUCUAUGGUUCAAAUGAUUAUGUGUAGGAAUCUGGAAAUUCCGGAAAUCAGGAAAUUCGAAUCGAUGCUGUCAUGGGCGCGUCACAAAAUCCGUACAAAGACUUCGAGUAAACUAGAUGCCAAGUUAGAGUUUAAGUGUAUUAUGGAACGUUUGGCACGGGAUUUGAAAUUGUAUAGAAUAUCGCCACAGGAACUGAUAAAGGUUGUUCUGCCUUCAAAAGCGAUCAAAAACGAACGGAUACUAGAAACAUUGAUGUUCCAAGCAAACUCUGGCAUGUACAGAAUACAAGACUCUUACAUAAAGGAAUGUACUCAAAGACUGCAGAAACAAGACUCUCGUUUUUCGGAAUGGGAAUCGUUCGACUACGGCACUUAG